AGCAUAUGUAGUAUACUAGUAUGUACCCUCUUCGAAGAAACAGUAACCGCAACCGGCGCCGGGGAACGUAGAAAAAACAUCGGCAAAACGAAUACGCCGGACCACGACAAGAAAGAAAAACAGAGUACCAACCAGAGUUACUUGAAAGACGAACAGAGACGAGAGAAAAGACCUUCUCCGAUCCGGUGAAGAAGGCAAUCGAUCAACUCAGCCAUCCCUUGCACAGGCAUUCGCUCAUCCCAAUCACAGCGUCGCCCAUGCCCGUCGUUUUCCACAGAAUCCGCCGCUAGGGUUUACAUCGUGUUUUUUGUCACUAUUAUUGAGGAGCGUUGAGCAAAAUAUAGUGAAGAGCUGUGCACCUGUGCUUAUUCUGUACCGUGCAGGUUUUCAGCUUCCACCCAAUGAGUAAUCUCUUAGCAUUCUACUCCUCAAUCUCCACUCCUGUCUUCCUCAAUGUAGAAUUGCCACCCAUCUCUCCCCCCAUUACUUCAUUCCAUUCUUCUUCUCCCAAGAAACCUACAGGAACCUCUGCCACCAUCUCCACAACCAAGAUUUUGGCGAGCAGUGUUUCUCCUCCAAAGGUAGAGGAGGAAGAAGAUGAUGUUGAAAUUGCAAAAGGGUACACUAUGACCAAAUUCUGCGACAAGAUUAUUGACAUGUUCUUGAACGAGAAACCCAAAUCCAAAGACUGGAAAAAAUACUUGGUGUUCCGCGAGGAGUGGAAAAAAUACAGUGGCAAAUUUUACUCCAGAUGUCAAACCCGAUCAGAUUCCGUAAAUGACCCUGCAAUCAAAGAAAAGUUUACUGCAUUGGCAAGAAAAGUUAAGAAGAUUGAUGAAGAAAUGGAGAGGCAGGAGGAGCUUCUCAAAGAGUUACAGGAUAGUCCCAGGGACAUCAAUGUAAUUGUUACCAAGAGGCGUAAAGACUUCUCUGGUGAAUUCUUUCGCUACCUGACUUUGCUGUCUGAAACUUAUCAUAGCUUGGAGGACAAAGAUGCAAUGGCAAGACUUGGAGCAAAAUGCCUAAAUGCAGUGAGUGCUUAUGAUAACACCCUGGAGAUUGUGGAGACACUCGACACUGCACAAAAGAAAUUUGAUGACAUCCUUAACUCUCCUUCACUCGACGCAGCUUGUGAGAAGAUUAAAAGCCUUGCGAAGACGAAAGAACUCGAGUCUUCAUUGACUCUGUUGAUAAAUGCUGCUUGGGCUUCUGCUAAAGACUCCACUACCCUGGGAAAUGAGGCAAAGGAUAUAAUGUAUCAGCUGUACAAGACCACCCAGAGUAGUCUAAGGACUAUGGCACCAAAAGAAAUCAAACUACUGAAGCAUCUACUCAACAUUAUCGAUCCAGAAGAAAGGUUUUCUGCACUGGCAACUGCUUUUUGUCCCGGCACUGACAGUGAAGCCAAAGAUCCAACUGCUGUAUACACAACUCCCAAGGAGCUGCACAAAUGGAUAAAAAUCAUGCUAGAUGCUUAUAACCUAAAUAAAAAUGACACUGAAAUCAGGGAAGCAAAAGAGAUGAACCAACCUGUUGUUAUGCAGAGGCUUUUCAUACUCAAGGAAAUUAUUGAAGAGGAAUACUUGGAGCGAGAAGCUGAUAAAGAAAACAAGUUAAAACCAGAAGAAGAGAUGUCAUAUGUUGAUUAAGGACGCAGUUUGUGUGAUUCUCUGAGCUUUCAACAUUUUCUAGGCAUUUGCUAAUUUUUAGUAUUAUUAUUCAGGACCUCAUGUUUUUUUGUUAUUUUAUUUAAGGACAUCUCAUGUCAAAAUUUUGUUGACUAGGCUACUUCUUUUAAGGGCUCAUAUGUACAUUUCCCAUCAAUUUCUCAUUCUAAGCAUAUUUGAUACGUAGUGUAUCACCAUA